AUGUCGGCUAUCCGGAAAGGAGUACAGCGGCAGCUGUUCCAAACCGACGACGAACGGCUUCAUGCUAUUGUACAUGUGGUACGGGUUGACGGGCGUAAAAAGAAGCGUCCAACAUUCUUCUGUCUAGCAGUAACGAUAGAACACCCGAUAUCCGUUCGUCUUUAUUUUGUAAAAGGGGAGAAGGAUGACACAUUCAAGAAACGGACCAGAUUCUAUCUGCGCGAUGUCAAGGAGGUCGAUGGAAUCAAUCCAAAGAAGGCUCUAUCGGAGUUUCACAUUACGAUUGGCGAUCGUAGGUACAGCAUUACAGCAAGCACCCCUGAAGAAAAAGAUGAAUUCAUCCGAGAACUGUAUAAGCUAUCAGCACAAUAUCUCCCGGUGCAAAUGCCUGACUUUUGUAAUGUAUCUAUACCGAUUGAUAACCGUGAGAUGUCCAUACUUCCAAUAGAAACGACAGACGAGGACACCACUGAUUUUAUACACGAUUAUCAGCCAGUCAGCGCCAAAGAAGAGGCGGACUUUCGGCGUUUACUCGCAAAGGCUGAGCUCACCAUUGGAGAGGCCGAUAAGUUUGCAGAGGUUCUCUCAUCUCAGCUGCAGUCACUGGAUGGAGCAAAUAUUCAAUCAAUGAUGGGGAGUGAAAUGGCAGUGAAUCAAUUAUUAGCACUACUUGAUGGUGCUCUUGAUAAGGUGGCACUGCUGGAAAAGGAGAUCGACACAUGUGAUGCAAUCCUUGCGCAUGUGAGAAAUAGCGUGGAGCUCAUUGAAGAAAAGGAUAGUCUGUCUGCUGUUGAACGCAAAAAUAAGGACAGACUUCAUCAAGAAUUAACGGACUUUGUUUCCGCCCUGAAUACCGUUACUGAUGAGCAUAUUCGAACGUUAAAGGAGGCAAAUUUGAACGACGCGGGAAGUAUCGCCCGUUGUGCUGAAGCUGCUCGUGCGGUCUCGCAGUUCUGGAAUGGAUUUAUUUCAAAGCCUUUGCUACAGAUGAAAGCCUAUGAGAAACGUAAUCGUGAUCUAGCUGUGAUAGAUCUGUUUGUGGAUCGAUUUAUGUCUCAUCUUUCGGCAAUAUUCAAUAACCUAAACGAUUUCUCUUUGGGCCAAGACUGGCAUGCUCUUUCCAUUCCGAAACAGUCGCAACGAUUCCAUGCGCUUUCACCCCUUUCCGAUCUCAUCAGCUGGCUGAAAGUGAACAGACCAACACCGUACAACGCGGCAAUCCAAAGGUAUAUUGAUGCAACCAAGAUUUUAUAUAGACGACAUUUUGAAACAUUUUUCGACGCUGUUAUCGGUGAAGUGCAACGGCUGGGUUCAACAGAUAAACGCUUAAACUCAUCAAAUAUGUCUACUAAGAGUUCUAUGGAUAAACAAAGCUUCUCUAUGAUGAGUGAACUUUCUGCCGAUUAUGCUCAGGUUUCAGCGCUAAUUGAGACCGUUCUUGGAGAGCUAGGCCCUAUUAUCGAAAUGGAGCAAAAGUUCUGUGUACGAUUUUUCCACAUUAAUUCGGAACUCAUUUCAAAUGCUGAGACAACAUCCACAGACAGCGGUGAUAGUUCCACUAUGGGUGGUAGAAACAUGGAACGCUUCAUGAAUGAACAGGUUCGUGCGGUGAUGGCACCCUUGUUCGAGUCUCUGAACGGCCACCUUGAUCGAUUUUGUAAGGCUAUUUGCAAGCAGAAUCCCAGUAAUGUGAUGCUGCUGUUCAUCAUCAUGUCGAAAAAGGUGUUGUUGCCACAGGAGUCUGGUUCAUACUAUUCAGUCACUUUUGGUACAUUUGUUGUGCUAAUUAAGAGGCAGUUCGAUCUGUACAUGGAAACGGAAGGCAUGGCCUUGUCUGAUAUAAAAAUCUCGAAAAGAAUGCGUCUGGGCAUUCUGCCAACAAUCGAGAGGUUCGCUGAAUUUGUAAGGAAUGCGGAAACAGUUUUCGAAGGUGCCGAAAGACGAACGGAUCUUGAAAAAUGGUACACGCAUUUGUAUCGCUGUGUAUGCGAAGGGAUAGAAAAAGCCGCCUCAAAUCCCAACAGCAAGUCUCCGACGGCUGUGGUUCGCUUCGAGAACUAUCAUCAGUUGUAUUUGACGUUGUCGGAGUUGAAAAUCCCCUUCCUGGAUGCCCAACGAAAAGAUGCGAAGCGAGAAAAAGAGGAAAAUAUCGAUUUGUACGUCAGGGAAUAUAUGGGUAGACCGCUCGAAAAGAUCCAUGUAUUUUUUGACGCUGUCCAAAAUGCAAUCGAAAUGCGAGGAACGAAGCCAGAAGAAAUAUCGUAUCAACCUCAGUUCAGUCGCGUUGAACUGAAGAAGGUGAUUGCCAUGUAUCCGGGUAAGGAAGUGAAGAAGGGAUUGGAGCAAUUGUACAAGAAAGUUGAGAAGCAUUUGGUCGAUCAUUCUUCACUGUUGCAAGUUGUCUGGAGAGAAAUGCAGGAUCAAUUUCUCAAACAACUCCAAGGAUAUCAGCGUUUGAUGAGCACCUGCUAUCCUGGAUCAAAACUCGAGUUAGAAGUAACCGUUCAAGACGUUCUGAGCUACUUCUCUGAUAUUGCUCAACAACAUUAG